AUGAUUGACUUGAGUCUUCUAAGAAACACAGAAACUCGAAAGUCGGUUUUAGAAAGCGAAAAGAAUCGGUUCAAAGGAACCGAGCUUGCCGAGAAGGUUGUGGACAUGAUUGAGGAGAGAAUAAAGAUUCGAUACACUAUGGAGCAGCUGAACAAAGAAAUGAACACUCUGACAAGAGAAGGGAUGAAGUACUUCAAAAUAAAGAAGGAAGCGACCGAGCAAGAAGAAAAAGAGAAAAAAGCGCUUCUGGAAACAAUAGCCAACAUAAAGGAGAAAAGAGCCAAAUGCUCUGUGGAGCUUGCGUCAAUGGAGGAAAACACGGACGAGGUGGCAAGAGAAAUCGGAAACAUUUUGGACAAAAGCGUGCACAUCGGGCAAGACGAGGAAGAAAACCCAGUGAUUGUGCAGACCGAAAAAAGGGCAAAGGACUUUUGGCCGUCUGAGCUGCUAUCGUACGACGUGGUGCUCGAGAAGCUCGGCGCAGUAGACACCGAAAGAGGAACCAAAAUAGCAGGGCACAGGGGAUAUUUCCUGAGAGAUGCUGGGGUGAUUCUAUCGCAGGCCCUGGUUAGAUACGCAAUGGACUACCUAAGAAAGUGCGACUACACGCUGAUACAAACCCCAUACAUGAUGUGCAAAGAGUCCAUGAAGCGCACGGCGCAGCUGAGCGACUUUGACGACCAGCUGUACAAAGUAGAAGGGGCAAACGACAUGUACCUUAUUGCAACGUCGGAGCAGCCGCUGUCUGCACAGCACGAGGGCGAGUGGAUGCGCGAAAAAGAUCUCCCAAUCCGAUACUGCGGAUACUCGACAUGCUUCAGAAAAGAGGCCGGAGCCCACGGGAAAGACAACCGGGGAAUAUUCAGAGUCCACCAGUUUGAGAAAGUAGAGCAGCUCCUGAUUACAGCGCCAGAGGAGAGCGAGGCCGAGUUCUACCAAAUGGUGGAGAGGUCGAAGGGCUUCUACGACUCGCUUGGGCUUUCCUACAGGGUGGUGUCUAUUGUGUCGGGGGCGCUAAACAACGCAGCUGCAAUAAAGUACGACCUAGAGGCUUUGUUCCCGGCCUCUGAGAGAUAUAGAGAGCUGGUGUCCUGCUCAAACUGCACAGACUACCAAAGCAGAGACUUAAACGUGCGAUACAGAACAUCAGAGAGCACAGAGGAGAAGCUGUAUGUGCACAUGCUAAACGGGACGCUGUGCGCUGUGCAGAGAACGCUUUGCUGCCUUGUGGAAAACUACCAAACAGGAGACGGGAUAAUGGUGCCGGAGGUGCUGGUUCCGUACAUUGGCGAAACCUUUAUUCCGUACACACAAGAGUAA